CAAAAGUCCGCGAAUCUCUCCAUUUACCCUCACAGGUUUACUUGAGUAUUCUCACCGUGCUCACCUUAUGGCAUUGUUGCUCUUGAUUACUUUAAUCACUCUUGCUUUUGCCAGUCUGGCUUCAGCGGGACCAGCGGCCUACGGAUUAUGUCAGGCGGGCUGUUCUGCGGUAGUUAUGGCCUGCUACUCUGCAGCUGGAUUUACCUGGGGGGCCACUCUUGGUGCUUCCGCACCUGCUAGCAUCAUUGCAUGCAAUACCGCCUUUGGUACUUGUCAGGCUGCUUGUGCCGCUGUGGUUUUAACCCCAACUCCAUAGGAGAAUUUCUGAAGGAAGAUAUUCUGGAUCCAUUUAUAACACAGAUAAAAGGAAAGCAAUUCACAAGCUAUAUUAUUGGGAAGAAGCUAGAAGUUAUAAAUGAAAUUUGUAUGAGUAGUUAACGUCAUUGCGAUUUGAAAAAUUCAGGUUCAGCGUACGUCGGGGAGAACAAUGAUCAUAGUGUCCAAAGCAUAAGCUUAACAAGCCCCUCUUUCUUCACAAAUUCAAGAGAGUGUAACUAAUUGCUCAAUCAAAAAUCGUAACCACAGA